AUUUCUGUGCACGGCGGAUAAACGCAGGAGCACCGCGCGACAGCCAGCAGCAGCUAGAGGCUUCUAGAAACAACGUGCAUCGGACAGUCACCGGCAAACAAGCCUGCUCUGCUCUGCAUACACCGCUACACAUAACUUCAAGAACAUUUAGCUGGAUAAAUGGCUAAGUGGGGAGAAGGGGACCCUCGCUGGAUCGUAGAGGAGAGAGCCGAUGCGACUAAUGUCAACAACUGGCACUGGACUGAACGAGAUGCAACAAACUGGUCGUCAGACAAAUUAAAAUCCCUGAUCCUCGGGAUGACCGUGGAGAACGAAGAGGGGAGCUGCGAGGUGACAGAAGUCAGUAAGCUGGAAGGAGAGGCCUCAAUUAACAACCGCAAAGGGAAACUUAUUUUCUUUUAUGAAUGGAAUCUGAAAGCUACUUGGACCGGAAAGUCAAAAGCAGGAGUGAAAUACAAAGGAACAAUCGAAGUUCCAAACCUGUCUGAUGAGAACGACAUGGAGGACCUCGAUAUUUCUGUAUCGUUGAAUAAAGAUGAACCUGAAACGCCGCUGACCAGCCUGAUGAGGACAAAAGGAGCUGAGAAAAUCCGUGAAGCCCUGGGAAGCUAUGUGGGGUUCUUAAAAACAGAGUUCACACAGGGAAUGAUCCUGCCUACAGCCAAUGGUGUGGCCAAGCUUCAGUCCACAUCACAGUCCAAAGCCAAGCUGGACAAAACUCAGAUUUCCUCCUCAAGCAGCACAGCUGCUCCAGUCAACACCGGCGUCAAGAUCCCCACCUGUAAAUUCAGCCUGAAAGAAACAUUCCUCACCUCGCCAGGUGACCUCUACAGGGUCUUCCUCAACCAGGAGAUGGUCCAGGCGUUCACACAUGCUCCGGCGACAGUGGACGGGGAGAGAGGCGGAAAGUUUCGACUGCUGGACGGAAACGUUUUUGGUGAAUUCACAGAGCUGGUUCCUGAUGAGAAAAUAGUUAUGAAGUGGAGGUAUAACAACUGGCCCUCUGAGCAUUACGCGACGAUCGCCAUGACGUUCUCGGACCGGAGCAGCGAGACGGAGCUGAAGGUGGAGUGUCGAGGCGUCCCGGACAACGAGGAGGAGCGGACAAAAGAGGGCUGGAAGAGAUACUACUUCGAGGCUAUUAAACAGACUUUUGGCUACGGAGCGCGGCUCUUCUGAAGACGGCGUACUGUAGUACUGUUUUCAUUUCCGUUCUCGAUUUUUAAACCUGUCCUUCGAUCUGUCUGCCACAAGAUGUCCACUGUAAACUCAUAGCACGAGUUAACGAACGAGACGAGUUAGCUGAAGGCCGAUCCGUCACCUGUGUGUAUUUGUAAAUGUUUUAAUUUUUGAACAUAUUUAAAUCUAGAGUUCUCGCCAUCAGUAUUUGGGUCAGUUAUUCAAAGGAGCGUAAAUGGACUGUGCCUUUGGGACUGGAAAUGGAUCGAUUAAAGCUAAGAAUCUAUUGAACCACUAAUGCAAAUUGGCCUCCACAUCUAUAAAUACAGAAUUAACUGCAAAUAAAUAAAUGUUGGUUCCUUUAUUUGAAAAAAAAAAAUGUUGCUUUGAAAUUUUUUUUUUUUUACUCUUUUCAAGUGUAACUAUAGUGAAGAUGCUUUCAGCCAAGAUGCAUGUUUCAUUUCAAACGGUCAGAAGGAGGAUCUGAACUUUACUCAUGAAGUCUGUCACUUAUAGCUAAGCAGUAUUGUACUUUCAGUUGUUUCGUUCAGGUCUGAUUCAUGUACAUCACGAGUCCAGCGUCCGUCUGCGGCGAUCGGCUCGGACGCUCGACGGGAACGUCGGCGCAAACGUUCAUCAAUGCUGGAACGUGAAAACUGUUUCAAUCCCUUAUGCAGGUAGCUAGCGUAGCAACUUUAGAGAGAUGUUUUGCUAUAUUUGGCUUCGAAAUGUAAAUUUCCAGUAAAAAGUUCAGAAAAAAAGCAUCUAUUUAUUCAUCAUUUCAUCCCUCCACGAUGUAAAAAGAUGAGUUGGUUGGAAUAAACCAAUCCAUGUAUGCUCUUCAUUUGUUUUUAUUUAUGUGAGCACAUUUUUCAACAUCUUCGUAUUAAAUUU